AAUGCAUGAAUAUAUACAUGUUAUACAUGUUUGUUAUGUAAUAAACAUACCAAACAUCUGAGUUGUUGUGAAAAGUCAUUCAAAAUACUGGAUAAACAAAUGGCUAACAAGAGCUCAACAAAUACCGUAACCACCGCUGAAAGUAUUACUUUACUCAACAAAAUGGAUGUUUUUCUCCAAGAGGUGGAAGUGAUUCGCGAGAGUAUCGACAAAAUGGGAUUCAAUGUGGAAGAAGUGAAUAAAAGUCAUUUAAAAAUCUUGAGUUCGACCACCAAUGAUGAGAAUACGAAGAGACAAUUAGAAGACCUGAUGGCAGACAUCAAAAGGACGGCAUUCAAAGUUAGAGAGAAAUUAAAAGCCAUUGAGAUGAAUAUCAAUGAGAUGGAGAGGAGUGGCUCCGAAAGCGCCGACUUUAGGAUCAGGAAAAUACAGCACUCAAUGCUUUUGCAGAAGUUUAUUGAUGUUAUGAAUGAAUACAAUCGCAUUCAACUCGAGUAUCGGGAGAAAUGCAAAGAUCGCAUCACUCGACAGCUUUUAAUCAGUGAG